AUGGGCAUGAGCUUUGUCCUAAUUUCGCUCGCUCUCUUUGUUUUGCUGGAAAUAGUUGAGUUGAAGAAGCAAAUUGCUUGCCCCUUGGAGCUCAAGAAUAACACCGACGAGUAUGUGGCGUUUAAGGUGAAAACUACAUCACCAAAGAAAUAUUCUGUUCGUCCGAAUGCUGGUUUUGUUCCACCUCAUGGCAGCGUUGACAUUAUCAUCACCAUGCAAGCACAACGAGACUAUCCCCCAGACCUGCAGCAGUGCAAGGACAAGUUCCUUGUGCAAAGUGUUCGAGCACCGGAGGGUGCUCAGUUUCAAGAAGUGUCCCAGGAGCUGUUUAACAAAGAGAAUGGGGCGGAGGUGUUCGAGAACAAGCUGAAAGUUGUCUAUGUCUCUCCGCCUCAACCUCCGUCUCCGGUUCCCGAGUCCGCCGAAGAAACUGUUUCUCCAUCAAAAGCCGACAAUGGAGACUGGAUCUUUUCACUGAGAGACGGGCCUAAAACUGCCGGUGAACUUGAGAGCAAGAUUGCAGAGGCACGAGCAUCCUUGACAACAUUGUCGAACGAGCGCGACUUGGCAAAGCAUCAAACGCGAGAGCUCGAACAAGAACUGGUACGGAAUUUAGUUUUUCUAGUUCUUUUUUAA